GGUGGGUGCAGAGCCCAGCAAUGGACGAGUCGCCCGAGGAGAAAAUGGACCUGAUCGCUUCUGCAUUCGACUCGCUGACAGUGAAGGAGCAGAGUGAGGUGCUCUCACGGUUACUCCGCGCCUGUCAGCUGCCACAGCUCAAAGAGAUCUACAAUGAACUCUGCACCUUGUUAUCCAUUGACUUUGUGUCAACUCUACCCCGAGAGCUGGUGGAAAGAAUAUUUUCUUAUUUGUCUGCAGAAGAUCUAUUCAGAAUGGCAUGCUGUAACAAAUCUUGGAGGGAACUUACAAACACUGAUAUCCUGUGGUAAAUUAAAAAUUCUUUGAGUGUCUUAUUGUUACAUGUUCAUUGUGGAUAAAAUUUUUACAAAAUCAUAUACUUAUUGUGUGUAAAUAAAAACUUAUUGUACUUUACAAUUGUAGUCUGAAGGACUGUUAAGUACAGAUUGCAACAGUGCAGAUUGGGUUUGACGUUAGCCUAUUCUGUUGUACAGUAAAACUCCAAUAAUCCAGCACACUUGGGACUUUGAUGGUGCCAGACCAGCAGAUUUCCCAAACUAUUGG